AUGGAACAGCCGUUUUCGACAUCAAAGGUGACAGUCGAGUACUCCGACCCCUACGAUGUCUACAAGCUUCUUGCGCCGGGCCUGAUUCCCCGGCUACCCCUGCGCGACCUGAACUGGCAAUCGCAUGCUGGCCCGCUGCGAUCUAUCAGUACCCUCCACGCCGAACUCGUUCCCGCUGGUGUCGACUACUCGGCCAUCUUCACGCCGCUGUCCUCUCCCAAUCCCAAGACACCCGGCCCCACCGAAACCGCAACGCCGUCCAGGAGCGAGGAUGGGUUCCAGACAGCAACGGUUGGGGGCGGAGGGGGUGCUUCGGUAGCAGAGCAGCAAGGCGACUCGGCAACGGGCACGCUCCGCCCGCCUCCAGGGGCAGGAGGUGCGGCCAAGGAAAGGAGACACCAAAUUCCCGGCCUGCGCAGAACGCCGUACCUCAAAGUGCUGCUCGUUAGAUGUGACGAUAAUGACACGUACAAGUCAACCACCCGAGCUGAAAUACGCGAAUGGAUCAAGGCCAACACCGCCGGUUCUCAGGGCAAACUGGGGAGCAAUGCCGAGAACCACGAUGCUUUCGAGUGGCUCCUCGUCCACGUUGUCCUGCCCAACUCCACAGCGUCCACCCAACCUCGCGUGUCCGGCAAGGCCCCCGAUUCCACCUCUGACACCACCAAGACCGCUUCUCGUUGGCGCGGAGGGUCGAGCACCCUGCUGGAGAAGUUGCGUGCUGACUUCAACGGUUCCGGAAAGGGAGGUGUUGACAGAGUGAGGCAGAUCCGUAUCGGCAUCAACGACGUGCCGUAUAAUAUGCUUCCGCGCGUUGUGCCGGCUGUGCCUACGGGAUACACGGAAAACGAGCAGGACGCGGACAAUGCUUGGGCAGACUUGAUCGCCAAGUUCAAAGAGUUGAUCUUGGCAAGCUUUGAUAGGCGAGUCGGCCAGUACGAGGAGGAUAUCAAGGAGAGAGAUGCCCAGCGAAGUCUCCCCGGUUGGAACUUUUGCACGUUUUUCAUCCUCAAGGAAGGACUAGCACGGGGAUUCGAGAGUGUGGGUCUUGUCGAGGACGCCCUCGUCGUGUAUGACGAGCUGAGUGUGGGCUUGGAUAAUAUUAUUGAGGAGCAAGCCGCUGCGGGGUCUGUCGAGGCGCAUGGGGGUGCGCUCUUAGGCUACACUGAGGACCUGAAGGAGGUUGCGCAAAAGGCGGUAGCCGAAAUUUCUGGUGGUCAUCUUGAGUUUGACGAGGGCGAGGCUGAAGCCGAAGGGGAAGCCGAGGCCGUGGACCUUCAGGCGGGGGAAAAGAAACGGAUCGAGAACGACAGCAUCCCCAUCAGCUCGUCCAAAAAGCCUUACCGCGAUCUCAUCUUGGCCAACAACGUGUCACUGCUUGAUUUCCGGUGCUACAUCUUCUCGCGCCAAAUAGCGCUUCUCCUCCGGUUAGCGAAUGCCUGGUCGUCACGCGAGGAGCUGCUAGCGAAGCUCAAAGAACAGCAAGAGCUAGUCCCGAAAGGAGUCGCUCCCCGGGCGCCGGCGCCCAAAGUCACUGAGGAGUCGGAAAACUUGCUGCAUCUCGCCGAGAUCUGCAAGCGGACUCUCGAAUUUGUACCCGCCGUGACGGCUGUCAUGAGGACGGAUAUCGUGGCCGCCAUGACAGCCGUAGCCAAAGCCGAAGGACGCGAAGUAGACGGCUACAUCUCUCCCGACCCACAACUGUCUGAGGUUAUCGACAACCUCGUUGCCUCAUUCGCCUUCUCGGUCGCUCAACAGAUCCUGGCCCAAACGUCCACCAAGGCCCUUCCGAUACCGCCAUCCACGUUGGGCGCGCCAGAGACAACCGAACAAAAAGUCUCGAUUCCCGAGCCAAAAACCAUGAUGCACCCGGCGCGAAGCUCCUCGCUCAUCUCGCCGAGCCCCCAAGCCCCCCCGCACAGUCCUGUUGGGUUUCCUGGCCCGGGGAGUCUUGAUGACUCGUUGGCGCCGCCGUAUUUGAAAUCAGGGCUCGAGGACCUCGCUGCGCAACGGGCUGGGCUGUGCGCGUUGUCAAGAAAUAUCCUCGAGGAGUGCGGCAAGAAGAGGGGCUGGACGGAUGGGUGGGCUUCGGUGCCGACGAUUAGUGAACCGGAUGUGGCCGGGAUGGAAGAUGUUAGUUUGGAUGAUGAUGACGACGGUGGUGACGAAGAGGACGAUGAUGAAGACGAUGAUGAUGAUGACGAGGAGGAGGAGGAGGAGGAUGGGGAGGAGGAUGGGGAGGAGGCGGUUGAGGGUAAGAAAGAAACCAAAGGAGAGAAGCCCAAGAAGCUCCAGACCUCGGUCGCCGGAGUUGACAACAAUCUCCUUCGAACUGCCCUCGCGAACAAGGAUGACUUUUACCGCCUCUACGAAACUCUGAUCGACAAGGCCCUGCGACACUACACCGUGGCAAACCACACACAUUCUGUUCAAGCCAACCUGGCGGACUUGGCCGUGUUAAAGUUCCAUCUCGGCGAGUUUAACGAGGCGGCCUUUUACUUUUACCGCGUCAUUCCCUUUUACGGUGCGAGCGGUUGGAGCCUGCUGGAACUCUCGAUGCUCAUCAUGUAUGCACGGUCCCUGAAGCAGCUCAAGAGGAUGGACGACUAUGUGAACAAUGCGCUUAGGCAGCUCUUGUCGAAGGCGGCCGCGGCUGAGCAGGAUCGUAAGCAGCAACAGUCAAAGUUUCGACUAGGUCUAGCGUCACCAUCGCCAUACCCCGAGAAGUCGGCCAUAUCCGGAUAUCUCAAAGACUUGCUGGAUGUUGCGGCGUCGUUGGACAAGGAUGUCAGAAUCCCACUGUCGAAUCUCUUCUGCGAUUUGGGGUUAGACGGACGGCCGUCCUACGACGAGGGGCAGGACAGCUUUUCUCUGUUCUUGGAUCUGCACAGCUUGCUGGUGGAUGAGUUUGAGGCGACAUCUGUCAGCUUGCGCAUCUCGAAUCCGGCCACGGGCAGCAGGGAGAUUUGGCUACAGAGGACAAAACCGGUCACCAUUCGGCCGGGGUCCAACAAGGUUAGGGUGCAGAGCAACACCAUGGUGGAGGGGGCGUUCGAGGUCGAUCAAGUCCGGUUAGUGAGUAACCGGGUGGUGCUACACUACGAGCGGGAUGGGUACGCAGCUAAGGAAAAACCUGUUCCGUUCAAAAAUCCCAAGGUACAUCUGUACCAGCGCUCAAGCUGUCUAGACGUGCAACUCCUGGCUGCGAAGGACCUCCAGCUGGACAAGAAAAAAUCGCUGGAUCUCAAGAUCUCGGCCGGUUGGAACAAGAUCACCGCCUUCGAGGUGAAGAUUAAAGCGGCUACGGGCGGUCUGAGGCUAGUCACGAGUGAGGCCGAGGUGAUUGGGUCUCCCCAACCUACACAAUCGCAAGGGGGCGCGUUUACGUUUGGCGGGAUGGAGGCGGGCAGCACCGUCAGUAUCAGGAUUCCGUUCACAAUGGAAAACGACGGUCUCGAUGUCGCGAUCCGAACCGAAGUCACGUACACAACGGACAAGGGCGAGUUUGCUUUCUUCAAAGCGUCGUCGAUCCCCGUGGCUCUCGCCCUGGAAGUGAAUGUUCAGGACAUUUUCAAACACGAGGCACUCUUCUCACGGUUCGCCGUAUCAACGGCCAGCGACAGCCCUCUGCGGCUACUCAAGAGCGAGCUCCUCGGCUCCGACAUCUUCGACGCCCACUUCGGCCAGCCCUCGAACCACCCGGUGUUGGUUUUCCCGAAACAACCGGCCAGUCUUCUCUACAAGAUCACGCGCAAGCCCGGGUCUAAGCUUGGACCCAAGGUUAACAAGAUGUUGUACCUCAAGCUCUACUACAGCGUGAUCCAGGACGAGAUUGAGCAGCUCUUCAAGGAGGCUUUGAGCUCCGCCCUGGCGUCAACGCCGCUCAAAGAAUUCGCCAAGGUCCUCGUGGCGCAUGUUCUUCGCAUCGUCCGCAGCGACAUCUCGGCGUACGAUCUCGAGAUGGCCACUCUGCUCGGUGAACUUCCCACGGCGUUCCUCUCAGCUACCAACUGGGAAACCCACCUUGGCAGUUUUGGAUCAUCUGGCUCUGGCUCUGGUUCUAGCCUAGCCGCCUUCCUCCGUGCCUGGGUACGAUCCCACCCGACCCUCCCGCUUCCCCAUCCGGCGGCGGACCAAAUUGCUUCGGCACAUACUAUCCUGAUCCCGGUUGAUAUUCCCUCCAUCUCGGUGGUGCACACCGCCGAUAUCAAGCUGCAACGGCCGCUUCCCACCGUCACCUCACCCGACGGUGGCGCACCUAACGACGACGGGACAACCCCGACGUUCCUCGUCAACCAGCUUCUACCGGCGACGUUGCAUCUCCGCUGGACGCGGAUCUGGGAUACCGCAGACGAUACCGCUAUCUCUUCGCAAAAUGUCUCAACAGCGGCUACUUCACCAGGAGCAGCGGCCAAUGGCACCUCGGUGCGCGACCGCGACCUAGAGUUCGGAUACGAAAUCGUCGCACCGUCGGAUACCUGGCUUGUGGGCGGGCGAAGGCGGGGGCAUUUCGUGAUUCCUGCUGUGUCGACUUCUUUGCCGUCUUCUUCCUCCCCUUCUGCUGUUGCGGCGUCUGUAGGGGGUGAGCUGGAAGUGGGAAUGAGCUCGACGGUUGAAACGGAAGCUGAGAUCCCCGUGAUGUUGAUCCCCCUGCGCGAGGGUUACCUACCCUUUCCCGGGGUGGAGAUUCGGGAAGUAACGGGGGAUGAACGGGAGGGUGUUGAUAGUGUUAGGAGCCCGAUCGGUCCGGGCGAGGGUGGUGGGGGGAAUGCUGGGGUUGGUGUGUAUGGGCAGUGUGAGACGGAUUUUAGGAAUGUGGGGGAGACGGUGUGUGUCGUGGCGGAUCGGGGGAAGGUGACGGUUAGUCUGGAUGCGAGUGGUGCGUCGGGGGGGCCGUUGGUGUUGGAGUCUGAGGGGUGGAAUACCGGUGAUGGGAGGAUUGUUGUUUAG